CCUGGGCGGGGAAGAUGAAGAUCGUGGAAGAGCCGAACACGUUCGGGUUGAAUAACCCGUUCUUGCCUCAGACAAAUAGGCUGCAGCCAAAGAUGUCCCCGUCUACAAUAUCAGGCCCUGCACAUCUCUUUAGGCUUGCUGGCAGGUGUUUCAGUUUUGUGGAAUCCACGUACAAGUAUGAGUUUUGUCCUUUCCAUAAUGUCACUCAGCAUGAGCAGACUUUUCGAUGGAAUGCCUAUAGUGGGAUUUUAGGAAUCUGGCAUGAAUGGGAAAUUGAAAACAACACAUUUGUUGGAAUGUGGAUGAGGGAAGGAGACUCAUGUGAAACUAAGAGCAGACAGACAAAGGUUCAUCUCGUUUGUGGAAAGAGCAAUAAAUUGGCUUAUGUGUCUGAGCCAACUACUUGUGUUUACUCUCUGACAUUUGAGACUCCUCUCGUGUGCCAUCCCCAUGCUCUUUUAGUUUAUCCGACUCUGACUGAAGCGUUACAAAGGAAGUGGGAUGAAGCAGAACAGCUUCUGUUUGAUGAACUAAUAACUGACCAGGGAUACAAAAAAAUACUGAAAGAGAUUUUUGAGGAAGCAGGACUUCUAAAAGCAACAGAAGGAAAGGAAAUUGAGAAACAGAAUAAGAAAAUAAGUCCGGAAUUUGAAACAGUGGAGAAGUGCAGUAAGGAAUACAAGCAACUUUCUAAAGAAAUAAACAAACUUAAAGAUUUAUUAAGUCAGCAUGGUAUUGCAUACAAAGGAAAUCCUGCUGAAAAUACCAGUGUUGGACAUGUAAAUCACAAACUGGCAACUGUAGUGACAGCUGUCCUUCAUGAGUCAAAGGACGAGGAGCACUUGCAUGGCGAUACAGGAGUUUGGAACGACACUGCAUGAAGAAACUUGGAUGGUAAA